GAAGGUUUGGGGUAAAUUGGUGAUUAUUUCCAUGCAAGAUAUUCAUACUCUGCUCUCUCAAAGCUUCCUGUUGUCAGUGCAAUCCUUUCCUUGAGCUAUGUUCUCGUCCUUAGCGGGAAAAACGUCCUUAUUUCGCGUCACGCUCGUUGGAAUUGGCGGAGUGAGUUGUUGCUUGUUGUGGAAAAUUCAAACCAGAAAUUCAUCUGUCAAUGUAGUUCUGGCCAAAUCUACUGCCCAUCAUUCACAUGUUCAUUCGCAAACAAGGCGGAAAAGCAUGUUCGAACAAUUUGCUUCCAUUGAAUUCGAUGGACAGUACUUCAUGACUCCAGCUGACUUCCUGGAAUCUCUCACGUACAGAGACUUACCAGGGUGGAGUCGGAAAAGACCCUUAUCAGAAGCAGUUAUUUCACAGAUGGUGAAAAGUACACCUUCAAUUUCAAAAGGAUCCAGGAAAUUUUUUCGGACAUUGCAGGAUAAUGGAAUCAUCACUUUCUCUGAAUAUUUAUUUCUUUUGACCAUACUUACAAAGUCAAAAAGAGGCCUGGAAAUUGCUUUUAAGAUGUUAGACAAGGAUGGGAAUGGUCGGCUUACUAAGGAUGAGUUUUUUGUGCUUGAGGAGAUGGUCAAUAAAAAAUCAUCAGCAAAAUCCAUGGCCUUGCGAGAAAGUGAAAAGGAAAACGGUGAUUGCCGCAACAAUACCACACUAAAAAUGCACUUCUUUGGCUCCAGAGGAACUGGUCAACUAACUUUCAGCCAAUUCUCCAAGUUCAUGCAAGAUUUUCAGUUGGAAGUCUUUGAAAUGGAGUUUAUGGAAUAUUCAAGAGGAAUGCCGACCAUCCCAGAAGACAGUUUUGGUCGUUUGUUGUUGAGAAACACUUCGCUGGAGGAGGAAGAAAUCCAAAAAUACUUAGACAGACUUUGUAGCCGACUUAGGCAAAGAAAGGGCAUUACUCUGGAGCAGUUUCUUAGUUUUGGGAUGUUCCUUAACAAUUUGGAAGACUUCGCUUUGGCCAUGAGAAUCUACUCCAUUGCCGGACAAGCCGUUACUGAAGAAGAAUUCCAGAGAGCUGUUUAUAUAUCUACUGGGCAAAUGCUCGAUUCGUACGUGGUACACACAGUGUUUGAGCUGUUCGACAAAGACGGUGAUGGUAAAUUAAGUUAUGGCGAGUUUAUAGAACUGAUGAAGGACCGCAUCAACCGUGGAUUCAGGGUUCCUUCCUCCGAGAAAAGUGGCUGGCAAGGUUUCAAGCAGUGUGUGAAGAAAGAGAUGUCCUUGUGAAAAGACUUGGGUUGAUUAUUUCUGUUUAUCGAGGUUAGGAUGGCUGGCAAUGUUACAACUUGUACAUGAACACGUACGCAACGAUGGAGAUAAGUGCACACUGUUGUUGCGAAUAAUUUUCUGUAGUGCAGAGAAGAAAAAGGCGAAUAAACAGAACGUAAAAAGUACAGUUAAUGAGUGCUAGCGCAUUUUCAAAAAGUCGCUCGGUAUCUUCUGCAAGUUUGCACUUGAUCUGACACAUUUUGGUUUUCAACUGCAUCUCAUUUACUGUAUUCGACGAAUUAGAUAUCUUUCCCGAAUUAAUCAAGCGAAGCCGCAGAACGACGCACUAAAUGUAAAAUUGUCCCACAAUUAGCUGACAAUUACACUAGACUAUUAUUCACUGUAACUGUAUCAAUUAACCUUAGGUCUAAAUACGAUAAUUGUUUGGCCUGCAAAGUGAACAAUGGCGAUAUCAGACUCGUUCUUUUGCCAGGCGCUGUUUCAGUUACAUUGAAGUAACCUUGUUUGUACAAUUAGCAGUAUUUAACGACGUUUAUCCAGUAAUGAUGUUAGAAUCGGAGUGGUGCUAACUAGAGAGUGCUGACAAGACCCUCGCUAUGUUCCUCUCGAUGACAUCUGUGCUAAAUUACUACCGAGGAAAACAUUAUCGCUCUUGUCCGGAAACGAUUAGCAACCAUUAGCGGUGAGCACGCGCGUCAUUAUAAAUACGUUAGUUGCCAGGGCAUUUGGCAAAACGAAUCAUGCCUUAUUUUAUCCGUGAGGAACUAACUGAAGCCUGGCGGAACCGGCAAAAUUAUUCUCUCAUCCCUCGGUGUCUGAGCGCGUGGUGGAGACGCCAUUUUUGCGGUUAACCCAGAAAGGGCUUCAGUGUUUUAAAUGGGCGCUCAGUAAAACAAGAUAAUGUGCGGCGGCAGUCAACAGACAUUCGCUUUGACAGCUCUCUAGUUCUUUCUUAGUCUACUGUGGCUUUUGGAUUGUUCUAGAUGACGUCACGAGGUUAAGUGGCAGCAUAAGGAGAGCUUGUGUUGGGUGCAAAACAGCUUUAGUCAGGACCAAUUCUGGCCCUUCAACUGGAGGAUUUUGUGUUAAAGUUGAUUUAAGCGAUUCCAAGAAGGAAAACUUCACUCGAGAGUUGGCUGAGGAUUGCGUGUAUAUGAAGAUUAUUCGCCAGUUUCGCCCUUUAAAUCGUCGACUAGUCUAAGCUCGCGUGGAAAGCCGCCUAAAGCCUCUUUAAUCAUUCCAUCAAUUUGUCUCGAGGCGAGCUUUGCCAUUGUUACGUGUGCGCCACGUUCGGUGAAACAGCGAUUUACCUGACACAACCAAGCGCGAAAGACAUCACCAAGUAGCGUGUGAGAAGCGUGUGCAAGCAGGCCGGCCUGCUGCCCUUAUCUCUAGAGUCCUAUCACCUCAUACUCCAAAACAUCACGCAAGGUUUAACACGGAGGUCGACGGUAUUUGAAACUUGUCUACAGCGCUGAAUCAGAUUUCUCGCAGUCACAUUCCAGUGCUCUCCAUAAGUGCGCGUGUUCCGUUGAUUAACGAGUAAUAGCAUUGACUGCGGACGUUAUUGACGAGUCGCUAGCUACUAGCUCCGCCAUGUCUGUUUCUGUGGUGCUUCCUUUUUACACGGCAUCGCUGGCCUUGCUGUUGGCGUUCGCCAUCCUGCGGUUUUUAUUCUGUACGCUUGUGUUUCGCAAGCUGGUCGUGAAACUCUUCAUCAAGUUUGCCGGAUGCCAGAUCAGCCAAGAGGUGUACGGCAAUGGUCUGUUUGGAUGGGAGAUGUACAAGGCUGUGACGGAGACAUUGAUGAUAGAUCUUCAGAAAAAAGCCAAGCCCGGUAAAGAAGCCCCCAAUCCCUCCCUCGUGUCUGCCGAUGGUCAAUCUCGAUUACAUCUCUUAGACUUUGCCAAGGAGAGCAGGCCGCUUGUGGUCAAUUUUGGCAGUUGCACGUGUCCUGUGUUCAUGAAGAGAUUGCGCGAGUUUGGCGAGAUCAUGGCGGACUUUGGCGACGUAGCUGACUUCCUAGUGAUUUACAUCUCAGAAGCGCACCCAACGGACGGAUGGGCCUUCAAGACGGCUUUUGACGUGAAACAGCACCGCAGUUUAGAGGAACGGAUUGAGGCGGCCCAGCUGUUGAUGAAUGCGUCCAAGCUGAAGGCACCCUUGAUGGUGGAUUCCACGGAGAACGCAGCGAACUUUGCUUAUGGCGCUCUGCCAAUACGCCUUUACAUCAUUUUGGAUGGGAGAGUGGAGUUCACCGGCGGGAUGGGACCGACAUUUUACAAAACACAAGAGGUCAGAAGGUGGCUGGCGAGAUGGAAAGAAAGUGAAGGCAACGUUUAAUCGCUGCUGUAUACUGACUUAAACAAAACAGCGCCAUUUGAUAGGCAGGCUGAACGAAGAACUACAAAAGUAGCUGCUGUGUUACGUUCUCUACUCGUCAUUGUGCGAAUACCAUUCAGCGCCCUGAUUCAGCACUACAAAAUCGACGGGUUUUGGACUUUGCGCAAAAACACUAUGGACAACAACGAACGCUAGGCGAACUUGUAUACGCCGCGCGCGUGCAUCGUAUCAUAUUCAACAGACCUGAAAAUGCGAAUGUUGCCAGUUUGGCGAAGGAAAAAACGAUAAAUUUGACAUGAAUUUCUUUCGUGGUCUCUUGGAAAUUCCUGACUGGGAAACAGACACCGUUUAAUUUACCAUACAUACAUAUCUAUAUAUACACUUAUUGCUCUCAGUAAGAGACGUUUUGGGGUAUAAAUUAACCAGUUCAGUUUGUUUCAGUUGGUUGGAAGCAUGUAUGAUCCGUUUUUUCGCCUUAAAAGCCAAUGUCACCAAUUACGUGGCAUUUGCCUGUGGCUAAUUAAGGACGAAAAUACGAUCCAACUAUUUUAAUCUCGGGCUGCACAGUCAUCCCAUUUGUGUUGUAAAACAAAACAAGGUGAGACAAAUAAAUAGAGUUCGAAAAAUUGAA